AUGGUUCGUGCGCUUUCAGUGAGUCCAAUCAAGGACUGGGCUGACUCUGAAGAACACUUCGCAAGGACCAGUUUGUCGGUUUCGGGUCUUCGCGUUUCUUGUCACACGCAACUGUUGGCAUUUCCUGGGACACAACUCUCAUGUCCUGUCACACCACCCGGCGCCACAAUCGACUUGAGCGAAGAUAUUGGAUUAUGCAGCUCUCCUGCUGCCGAUGCCUUAGGCAGAUCCUCGAGUGGCCUGAAUCGAACGCUCUACUCGAUUAGAAUGAUUAGCUCCCCUCGAAAAGAUGAGGCAUCAGAUACGUAA